AUGCCUCUGGACAUCGGGCAGCUAAGGCCCACUAUAAAAGCCAGCCCAGCUCCAUGCUCCCUCAUCCACUUCUCUGGCCUUCUCCUCCUUAGGAACCAGGUGAUCCUCCUGCCCCGAGACAUGUCCUGCUACGACCAGUGCCAGCCGUGCCAGCCGUGCCAGCCCUGUGGCCCGACUCCACUGGCCAGCAGCUGCAACGAGCCCUGCGUCAGGCAGUGCCAGAACUCCACCAUCGUCAUCCAGCCCUCUCCUGUGGUGGUGACCCUGCCCGGCCCCAUCCUCAGCUCCUUCCCGCAGAACACUGCUGUGGGAUCUUCCACCUCCGCUGCCGUUGGCAGCAUCCUCAGCUGUGACGGAGUCCCUAUCAACUCUGGCUGCUGUGACCUCUCCUGUAUUACCAGCCGCUACUGUGGCAGCAGGUGCCGCCCCUGCUAAAGAUGCCAGACAGUGCUCCAGACCAGGACCUCAGGAACUCAGAACAUGCUGCUGGACAGAAGAACAACAGAACUUCGUGCUCCUGUUUUAAGAGGAGCUGACCAUCUCUGACUUGUCCUGU